UUUUCUGGGUUUCUUGAAUCAUGUUCAAAUUUGGGGGUUUUAGAGCCAUGAAAAUGCUGAUGCUGAUGCUGCUGCUGCUAAUGGUCUUCUUAUCACUCUCUCUUGUUUCUGCUGAUGAAGAUGGAUUCAUCGGCGUCAACAUAGGAACUGAUCUUUCCGACAUGCCCCAUCCAACUCAAGUAGUAGCCCUCCUCAAAUCCCAACAAAUCCGUCACGUCCGUUUGUACGACGCCGAUCGAGGUAUGCUUGUUGCCCUCGCCGGCACCGGCAUCAAAGUCGCCGUUACCAUUCCCAACGAACAACUCCUCGGAAUCGGCCAAUCAAACUCCACCGCCGCCCACUGGGUGUCGCAAAACAUCGUAGCUCAUUACCCCGCCACCAAUAUCACCACCAUCUGCGUCGGUUCCGAGGUUUUCAACAACCUCCCGAACGUCGGUCCGGUUCUGGUCACCGCCCUCAAGUUCAUCCAUGGCGCUCUCGUCGCCUCGAAUCUUGACCGUCAGAUUAAAGUUUCCACCCCGAUUGCUUCCACUGUGAUUCUUGAUUCCUUCCCACCAUCACAAGCUUUUUUCAACCAUUCAUGGAACCCUGUUUUGGUUCCACUUCUCAAAUUCUUACAGUCCACCGGAUCUUCUCUCAUGCUCAACAUUUAUCCUUACUAUGAUUACAUGCAAUCAAAUGGGGUGAUUCCGUUGGAUUAUGCACUUUUUAACCCUUUGCCGGCGAACAAAGAAGCUGUGGAUGCAAACACCCUUUUGCAUUACACGAAUGUGUUCGAUGCUAUGGUGGAUGCGGCUUAUUACGCCAUGGCUUCCCUCAACGUAACGAAUGUCCCGGUUCUAGUAACCGAGUCCGGUUGGCCGUCAAAAGGUGACUCAAAUGAACCCGAUGCCACUUUAGACAAUGCAAACACAUAUAACAGUAACCUGAUCAAACAUGUAUUGAAUCAAACCGGAACUCCGAAGCAUCCCGGGAUUCCGGUCAGUACGUAUAUUUACGAGCUCUACAAUGAGGAUACUAAAAACGGUCCGGUUUCGGAGAAGAAUUGGGGAUUGUUUGACGCAAAUGGGAAACCGAUUUACACGUUACAGUUGACGGGAUCAGGUCCGGCUUUUGCUAAUGACACUGCGAACCAGAAUCAUUGUACCGCAAAAGAAGGUGCGGACUCGAAAAUGCUGCAGGCGGCUUUGGACUGGGCUUGUGGGCCUGGGAAGGUGAAUUGUUCGGCGUUGUUGCAGGGGCAACCAUGCUACGAACCGGAUAAUGUGGCUUCACAUGCGUCGUUUGCUUUCGAUAGUUAUUAUCAUAUGAUGGGAAAGGGCGAAGGGACUUGUGAUUUCAACGGCGUCGCCAUGCUUACCACCACUGAUCCAAGUCAUGGAUCUUGUCAGUUUAUCGGAAGUGAUGGGAUGAAUGGGACGUUUUUGAACAGCACAGUGGCGGAUUUCAAUUCUACGAGCUCGUCAAGCUGGAGAGGCCGCAGGGACUACGCAACUGUUGGUGUUUUGAUCAAGGUUCUAUUGGGUUCGUUGUUGUUGUGAAGAUAUUUUGUCGGGUCCGGUCCAGGUGGAGGGCGGUUUUCGUUCUCCCGAUUUUGGCGGUUUCGAAGGCUGGACGGGGAAGACUGGUUUUUGUACAAAAACGAGUUAGAAUGCGAUUGUGAUUAAUUGAAUGAGAAUUUAGGCA